CUCCCGCCCUCGCUGCUCACGCGCGACAUCCGCACUACACGCUCAAGACACCCUCCCCCGCCGCGACCACCCUCCCGACCUCCCUCAACCUCGACCUCAUCUCGCUCGAGCCAUGGACGAGCACUACGACUUUAUCAUCCUCGGCACCGGCCUGACGGAAUGUGUCCUCUCGGGACUCCUGUCGGUCGAGGGCAAGAAGGUUCUGCACAUGGACCGCAACGACUACUACGGCGCCGAGGCGGCUAGCCUCAACUUGACCCAGCUCUACAAGAAGUUCCGUGGCACCGAGCCGCCUGCCGACCUCGGCCGCGACCGCGACUACGCCGUCGACCUCAUCCCCAAGUUCAUGAUGGCCAACGGCGAGAUGACCAAGAUGCUCGUCCACACCGACGUGACGCGCUACCUCGAGUUCAAGCAGAUCGCCGGGUCGUACGUCCUGCGCGACAACCGCAUCGCCAAGGUGCCGUCGACCGAGCGUGAGGCCGUCACGAGCUCGUUGAUGGGCCUCUUCGAGAAGCGCCGCGCGCGCAACUUCUUCCUGUGGGUCCAGGGCUACAAGGAGGACGAGCCGUCGACGCACCAGGGCCUCAACCUCGACAAGAGUACGAUGAAGGACGUCUACUACAAGUUUGGCCUCGAGGCCGGUACGCAGGACUUUGUCGGCCACGCCAUGGCGCUCUACCUCGACGACGACUACCUGAACCAGCCUGCGCGCGAGACGUACGAGCGCAUCAUCCUGUACACGUCGUCAAUGGCGCGGUACGGCAAGUCGCCUUACCUGUACCCGCUGUACGGCCUCGGCGAGCUCCCGCAGGGCUUUGCGCGCCUGUCGGCCAUCUACGGCGGCACGUACAUGCUCGACAAGCCGGUCGACAAGAUCGAGUACGACGAGCGCGGCAAGUUUGUCGGCGUCACGUCGGGCGGCGAGACGGUCAAGGCCGACAAGGUGAUUGGCGACCCGAGCUACUUUGUCGACGCGUCGGGCAAGGGCGGCGCCGACAAGGAGGACAAGGUGUUCCUCGAGGGCCACGUCGUGCGCGCCAUCUGCAUCCUGCGGCACCCGAUCCCCAACACGGACGACCUCGACUCGGUCCAGCUCAUCAUCCCGCAGAAGCAGGUCGGCCGCAAGCACGACAUCUACGUCGCCGAGGUGUCGGCGACCCACAACGUGUGCGCCAAGGACGUCUACAUCGCCAUCGUGUCGACCGUCGUCGAGACGGGCAACCCCGAGGCUGAACUCGAGCCGGGCCUCAAGCUCCUCGGGCCCAUCCACGACAAGUUCAUCUCGAUCGCGCCCGUCUACUCGCCAGCUUCGUCCGGGUCGCACGACGGCGUGUUUGUCACGCGGUCGUACGACGCGACGAGCCACUUCGAGACCAUGGUCGACGACAUCAAGGACGUGUGGCGCCGGGCCGUCGGCGGCGAGCUCGAGCUCAAGAAGCGCGACGACGCGCUCCAGGCCGAGUGAGCGCCCGCACGCUCUCGGUCGACGGACUCGGGCUUGCGCUCUCUCUUCCUCGGCGAACUGCGCCUGUCUCACUCCCUUUCGUCAUCCCUCCAUAGUUCUCUCGUUCCGCCUCGUUGAGCCAUUCUCCACACCGCCCCGGUCAGCGCCCGGCCUCGUCUCGAUGUAAUUCUAGAGUCAUUCUGUCUGCAUUCGCCUUCCUCGCGCACCAUCUCUCACUGCGGCACAGGAGAGCUGUCUCUCGGGCUAGCAGCUGGCUCCUUCGGCUCUCGAAUUUCGCGACCGAGAGAGAGGCUCGCCGGACUGCUUGAGCUGCCAGCUGCUGUACCGCAGUCUCGAUGCGCAUGCAAGGUCUAGUGCUACAAGUACAUUCCGCCACCUCGUCGGCGCGCUCCGUCUCGCUCCUCAGACUUUGCGGACAGGCUCGUCGAUCGGGACCUCCUGCGCCGGG